CUGUCCUCCAACAACCUCUUUCUGUUGAUCUUUGACGACUUUCCAGUCGUCCUCCAACGACAUUCCGAUCACCUCCUGGCCAUCCUUCGGCGACGUUCAACUCACCUCCUCGGUCAUCUUCCAAUGAGGUUCCAAUCACCUUUGGUCGUCCUCCGACAAAGUUUCGAUCAACUCCCACUCAUCCUCGAAGACGUUCUGACCACCUCUCAACCAUUCUAUGAUGACCUUUUGGUCAUCCUCCGAUCCCAUUCCGGUCGUCCUAUGACAUUCUCUGGUGGCCUUUUAGCCAUUCAUUGA